AUGACUUUUGUCGUCAAUUCUUUGCUGGACACUGAUCUAUACAAGAUCACGAUGCACGCAGCGAUCUAUGUUAACCUGCCAAAUGCAGAGGCCGUCUUUGGGUAUACCAAUAGGACUCCGUCGAUGCAACUGAACGAAGCUGCCUUGAACUGGCUGCGCACACAGAUUGACCAUUUGGGCUCCCUCAGGUUCACUCCGAGCGACAUUGACUAUCUGAAAGCAGAAAUGCCCUUUUUGCCUGCCAGAUAUCUUGAUUUUAUCAAGGAUUUCAAGCUGCGACCAGCUGAACAAGUGAAACUUAUAAACGUGGACAAACCGGAGGAAUUCGGUCUUGAGGUGACGGGAAAAUGGGUUGAUGUCACGCUAUAUGAGAUUCCACUACUGUCUCUCAUCUCGGAAGCUUAUUUCAGAUAUGUGGACACCAAGUGGACCAACGACGGACAGUUGGAGAAAGCUAGGCAGAAAGGAGCCAAACUGCUUUCCAAUGGCUGUGCAUUCAGCGAAUUCGGCACCCGUAGAAGACGGUCUUUGGAAACCCAACGUCUCGUAAUGAAGGGGCUGUGCCAAGCUGCCAAGGAGGCCAACAACGGCGAGAUGUUUCUGGGAACGUCUAAUGUGAUGUUUGCUAGAGAAUUUGGAGUCAAACCAAUCGGCACGGUCGGACACGAGUGGAUGAUGGGAAUCGCAGCCAUAACGCAGGACUAUAAAAACGCGAACAAGCUGGCGAUGGACUAUUGGCUCAAUACAAUGGGCACUGCAAACGCCGGUUUAGCCUUGACUGACACCUUCGGCACAGAUGCUUUUCUGAGAGUAUUUGUUCCACCGUACUCCGACCAUUACAUUGGGGUGCGACAGGACUCUGGCUCUCCUCUUGACUACACGGACAAAAUAUCUCACCACUACUUGGAAGUCCUAAAGCUACCGAAAUUCUCGAAAGUGAUCUGCUACAGCGACUCGCUCAAUGUGGACAAAUGUAUUGAAUACAAGAAGAAGGCCGAUAGCUGUGGCAUGCGUGCAUCCUUUGGCAUCGGCACAAACUUGACCAAUGACUUUGAGGGCUCUUCGCCGUUGAACAUUGUUAUCAAGCUCAAAAGCAUGAACGGCAACCCAGCUAUCAAGAUCAGCGACAACCUGGGCAAGAACAUGGGCGAUCCGUCUACGGUUGCCCGGGUGAAGAAGGAACUCGGCUAUGUCGAGAAGGAGUGGGCCGAAGGCGAUGAGGCUCACCGGUGGUGA